AUGAGACUAAUGAAGUGGUCGUUCCGGAGUAUCUCAUUGAUAGCAACCAUUCUUUCAUCAGUGUUAACAAAUGCUCAAAGACGGUUGUUGUUACGAAUUUGCUUGGUUGCAGCGUUACUUUCUCGUUUGGCAUUGCAGAAUUUGGUUACGGUCCAACCGUAUUUGCUGAAGCGAGUUAAGGAAUUGCGUCGGUUGGCUUGUAAUGCUUUUAAAGAAGUUUUUUAUGUAUGCCAAAAUAGCAUGCUUGAAGCCGAUGAGAUCAAUGCGUUUUUGGUGUAUAUUGUUGUCCCGCAAUGCAUGUAUCAUGAUGACGGCUCUCCAAAGAUUCCGUUUAAUCUUCUGCGACUAUUUCUUUCAUGGACAUCGAUUCCAAAGCUAUUCUAUCUCUUACGUCUCCAAAUUCCAUCAGUCAGUAGUACCAUGCCACACUCAUUGCUUUCAAUUUUGUGUAGCAUGCUCUUAUCGAAAAGUGUUAGCAAGUUGAUAAAAGAGAAAAUUGUUGACGGUUUGUUGAAUUUACUUACUUUGGCAGAUGAGGUUAUGCCUGAUGCAGCUGCAGAUACCAACCUAAUAAAACUUUCAAAAACUCCUGGUUUAAAUAGUGGAACUUCUAUGGUCCUUCCUGAAUUGCCGAAGCUUUUGACAUUUAUUUUUGAUUCCUUACCUCAACAGGGUGAAAAUCGUAAACUCAACAUGAAACAUCUGGAAAUUUUGAAUAGAAUAAGUGAAUUUAUACAAGAUGAAGAAAUGAUUAGACGAUAUAUUUUAAUCCUACUAACAUUCCUGGAAUCAGGAGUUGUACAUUCUGAUGAUGCUGUUCAGUCUUCGCUUUUAACUAUUUUACGAAUGGUUGCUGUAACAACAGAUGCGGCCCAGUUUUUGAAAAAUCUUAUAAAUAUACAGUCUUCACUAAAGGAGCGUUCGCAUCGUGAAAUUCUACAAAAAAUUGAAGAAGCCAUAGCAAUGAAGCUAAGGAAAAGCGAUAAGAGGCAAUCAGAGUUAUUGAGUUAUAUUUUAAAUCUAGAUGCAUGGGAUGGAAGACGAAUUGAUGAGCCGGAUUAUGAUAAACGACACGAUGCUUAUAUAAAUCUUCUUAAGGCUUUAACAACAGGCGAAGUAAUUGAGCCGAUAUUACUCUAUUUGCAGUUGCAUAAUGAUUAUUAUAUUAUUGUUCAGGUAAGCGAUAUUUCAUUGCGUUCAGCAGCAAUCAAAAAUUUCCGCAGUGUUGUCGAAUACUUCGGAAGAUGUAAUAUGAAUGAACGUGAAAAACAUGAUGGAGUUGAUUCUCAUAUAUUGCCUCUUGUUCUAAAUGGUUUAAAUGAUCCAAAGGAGAUAAUACGCCAUGAUUUUGUAAAUCUUCUGGUUUCGAUGAUUGCUUGUUUUCCGACACACAGACAUCUUCGUCAUCUUGAAUCACUCAGGAAUACUGUAGAAGUUGAUGUGGACUUUUUCGAGAACGUUACUCAUAUGCAAAUUCAUCGACGACAACGUGCAUUUUAUAAGCUUACUCGAGGCCUGCAGUCAGAAAAAGUUCGCAUUCCGAAUGGAGUGUUGCUUCGCUUUGUGCUACCUCUUUUACAACCUUACCUGAUGAAUUUAUCUAGCAGUACAUCCGCCCUUAGUGACGUUGCUUUGGAACUUUUUACACAAAUAAUGCGUGGUGCGCCGUGGAAAAAAUACUUCCCGAUGUUGGAUUUCUAUAUGAAGCGAUUGAGAAAAGAAACUAUGAAUGUUAAUCACAAAGCAAUUAUAAGGAUCAUUGUUGCGCUUGUGGACGCUUUUCACUUUGAAAUUUCCAAUGAAAAACAACAAGAACCUAUUAUAAAGCGGAAAAAAAUGAAUGAUGAGGUAGAAAUUCAGACAAGUGAUACACCUGACGUUUGGGUGAAAGCUGGGAUUGAAGAAGUCACAACUAAAGUGGAUGCGAACCAUACAUUAAAUGAGUGCACUUCAUCAAUACAUCAGAAGGUUGUCGGGUAUCUAAUACCACAACUGAAAGACUGCGCUACUGGUAAAGACUUAAUAUUUCAUCGAAAAGCUCAGUCUGGGAAAUAUUACAAAGAGGACGAUGACAUACAAAGGGCUCCCGUUGCGUUGGCUACUGUCAAAUUACUUCAGAAAAUGCCGCAAAAAGUUAUGGACUGUAAUUUGCCUGGUGUGAUAAUCAAGAAUUGCUCUUUAUUGAUCUCACGAUCAACUAAUGUACGGGAAGCAGCAGGUAAGACUGUUAUCGAAAUUGCUAAAAUUUUGGGUCCCAAAUAUAUUUGUUUGAUAAUACGAGAAAUGAAGCAAACUAUGAAGAAAGGAUAUCAGCUUCAUGUGAUGAUUUUCUAUGUGCACAAGUUACUGUCAGCUAUGGAAGAACAACUUUGUGCUGGUGACCUGGACUCAUGUUUAAUGGAUAUCGUUGAUGUAAGCAUUUCGUUCUAA